AGUUGUUUAUCAUUUCCAUAUCAAAGCCCUGGAUGGAGGCUGGUUCUCUAAAACAGGCAUGUUAAAUGUAACAGUGGUAGUUAUGGAUGUGAAUGACAAUCCUCCAGUCUUUUCAUCCUCAGAGUAUAUCACAUCAGUGCCUGAAAACUCAGAAACUGGAACAAAUGUUCUCUCUGUGAAGGCCGCAGAUGCUGAUUCAGGUGCUAAUGCAAAAAUAUACUACUCUCUGAUUGCUGGCCAUGUGGAUAAAUUUGCAAUUGAUUCAAGAAAUGGCACUAUCACUACAAUGGAUUUGUUUGAUUAUGAGCAAGAGCAGAGCUUUGAUAUAACAAUCAAAGCUUUAAACAUUGGUGGUCAUACUUUGUUUAGUUUGGCACACGUUGUCAUCAAAAUCUCAGAUGUGAAUGAGUUCACACCUUCAUUUGGGAAAAAAGAAUAUAACUUUUCUGUGUUUAAAAAUGUGCCAGUUGGAACCAGGGUUGGAAAAGUAACAGCUAUAGAUUAUGACCAAGGCUCUGAAGGACAGGUGUUUUACCUGAUGUUUGGUGAAAACAAAUCUAUGGGUUUUGAAAUCAACAAACUUUCUGGAGAAAUAUACACAACAGGCAGUUUGAGGAAACAAGGCAACAGUCGAGUAGUUUUAAAAGUUCUGGCGAAGAACUCUGGUGUUAUCACUGGCUUGGAUGUAGACGAGACUUUGGCCCACAUCAGUGUGAUCGACACAAACGAUGCUCCCGUUUUUACCUCUGCACUCUAUUUAACCAGUGUUGCAGAAGACAGCCCGGUUGGGACAUCUGUGAUGACUUUGAGUGCUCUGGAUGAGGACUCCAUCUUGGAAUGGAACCGUGUCCUCUUCAGUAUUGAUAAUGGAAACACAAACUUCUCUUUUGCUGUUGAUCCGUCCAGUGGCGUUAUUUCAGUAAACUCUUCACUUGACAGAGAACUGUGGCCACUUUAUAAUCUCACUGUUACAGCCACUGAUAAUGGCUCUCCUCCAGCCACUGGGACCACUAAUGUCAUUGUGACUAUUGACGACGUUAACGACAACGCUCCCAAACUUACAUUCACUGAAGCUCAAGUGAAAGAAAAUCAGCCUCAAGGCACUACAGUUGCCAGAUUGAAUGCAUCUGACUCUGAUUUGCCACCAAACGGAGGACCUUUUACUUACUGGUUGGUAAAUCCUUCAACAGGUGGUGCUUUUUCACUGACUCCUGAUGGAGUUUUAUUCACCACACGGACUAUUGAUCGGGAACAAAUCUCUGCAUAUAGAGUCCUGGUGGCUGUUCGGGAUGCAGGGAUCCCUAUGCUGUCAUCAACAACAAUGAUCCACAUCAAGAUUGUGGACGAAAACGAUAACCCUUCACUGCCUAGAAAUAUCUUCAUCGAGGUGAAAUAUUUUGGCAGUUCUUUCCAAGGAGGCAUGAUCGGUAACGUCUACCCCGAGGAUCAGGAUGAGUCUGAUACGUUCAACUGCAUAAUCAAAAGUGGACAGCUUAAUAUGUUUACAAUAUCUAAUGGCACAUGUGAGCUGUGGUCGUCUCCUUUUCAAGGCGAGGCUACAUUUAACAUCACUAUUGAAGCUACGGACCAGCUUCACUUCCCAGUCAACAACAGCAUCUAUGUGCACUACAAAGGUUUCACAAAUGCGUCUAUAGACAGCUGUAUAUUAUUCUACGUGUCAUCUUCCUCAAUGGAAGAGUUUAUGUCCAAUAAGUAUUUACGGUUUGUUAAAGCUCUGGACAGUCUGUUUAAUCUACAGGCCUCUAAAACUCAUGUAUUUGGAAUCAAACAUAUUGGCAGUGAAAUCCUUCUAUUGGCCGCGGUGAAAAAUUACAACGGUCAGUAUCUUAGCAGAGAGGUAGCCAGUGGUAUCUCCACAGGCCAUAAGAAAUUACUGGAGGCUCAGAGCAAUGUGACGAUUUCUCACAUAACAAGUGAUCCAUGUCUCACCGGCCCUUGUCGAAAUGGCGCAACGUGCAACAAAAACAUUUACAUCAGCCAGGACGUUGCUGUUCUUGAAAGCUCGGCGGUCAUCUUUGUGUCACCACAGAAAGAGGUUUUUAAUUGUACCUGUCCAGCCGGCUUUACCGGGACACUGUGUGAAGAUGACAUCGAUGAAUGUGAAGUGAAUCUCUGUGAGAAUGAAAGCACGUGUGUGAAUACUGUGGGAAGUUUCUACUGUUACUGUCAGAGUGGCUUCUCUGGCACUUUCUGCUCCACUGAUGUAGAUAAAUGCCUGAAGGUGAAGUGCCACAACGGAGGAACUUGUAUUCCCACUCUGGAUGGAUAUCACUGUCACUGUGUGCCUGGAUUUGAAGGUGAAAUGUGUGAGCAGUCCAUAGACCACUGUAGAUCAACUCCUUGUGUUCAGGGCAGCUGCUUUAAUUCACAGACGGGAUUCUCUUGUCAGUGUCCCUUUGGGGUCAGUGGAGUCCACUGCGAGGAGCACAGUUAUGGCUUUGAGGAGCUGUCGUUUAUGGAGUUCCCUCCGUUGGAUCGCAGGACUAAUUUAAUCUCCCUCGAGUUUGCAACAGUGCAGAGGAAUGCCCUGCUCCUUUACAACCCUGGAGGUCUUUCCAGCAGGGAGUUCAUUGCACUGGAGAUACUGGAGGGGGCCAUACUUCUCUCUUAUGACCUGGGCUCUGGACCUGUGAGGCUGCAGACACACAAGCAGGUAGCAGACGGACAUUUCCACAGUGUCACUGCCAGGAGGAUUGGGAAUAUGGGUUCUUUGCAUGUGGACAAUUGCACGGAUGUCGAGAGCAAUGCAUUUUGUUUUUCUCAGAGUGAUGGCAGUGGCUUAAAGAGAACACUGGAUGUUGGCAGUAAUAUGACAUUUGGAGGAACAAGAACUUUUGAUUCUAUUUUACUGCAUCUCAGUCAGAUAAAAACCCAUGACUUUGUUGGAUGCAUUCGUAACAUUCAUGUGAAUGGCAUCCUGUUGAGACCUUCAAUGGCCCUUGCAACAUAUAACAUCCUUGAGAGGUGUCCCCGGACAACACCGUCACCAUGUCAAAGCAACCCAUGUCAGAACGGAGGUGUGUGCCAUGACCUUUGGUCUGACCAUCUCUGCGAGUGCAAAAGCCCUUUUACUGGAAGUAACUGUGCUAAAGAACUGUCAGAUGAGCUUGUAUUACGAUUUAAUGGCAAUGACUACAUUGAGUAUGUCAUCAAGGAACGAUUCAAGAGAGAUUACCUGCUCGAAGAUUUGCUGGAUGAUGAAAAAGGAGUAGACCCAAGAGUUAUUAAUAUCAAAUUUAAGACCCAAGAUAAUGGAGUGUUAUUAUUUGUUGCCAGACAGACAGAAUACAAUAUGCUGACGAUAAAAGACAGAAAGCUUGUGUACAUUUCUAAAGAUACAGUGUCCGGACACCUGUCAGAGUUCACUGUGGACUCUCCUGUGGCUGAUGGAGUCUGGCAUGUCCUCUCGUUGUUCAGCAAUGGGCAGGACACCUUUCUGCUUGUGGAUAGUACCUCGGUCUUAAACAUUACUGACAGCAAUAUGGAUCUCACUCCUGUUAGUGUGGAAAAGAUUACUUUAGGCGCAGCUCUGACGGGUGAUUCAAAGCUCCAACAGAUAGGGUUCACUGGCUGUGUGCAGUAUUUAAAUGUGAGUGGUUACACUCUGCCUGUCAGUGGACACAGUGUAAUGGUGAACGUCUGGCCCAGCUCGACUCUUGUCCAGUCGAACUGCAGCUCUCAGAGUGUCUGCCUCCCUUCGCCUUGUUCUGAGGAGGAUACAGCCAGGGGGCGUUGUUUAUCUGCACACUGUCAAAACCGGUGGAGUGUGUGUGGACUUGCUGUGCAGAACAAGUCCUGCAUUUGUUUGCAUAAUGUUUCUAACCACAACUGUGAUAUCUGCAUCUCUACAACAGAGAGCCGUAAUGGAUGCACUGAAGCACAGGGCAGUGUUCCUCUGUGGCUCAUAGCUGUGAUUCUUCCUCUAAUCACCAUCCUGGUAUUUCUUGGAAUGUGUGUUGCCCUUUAUGCAGUGAGACGGCAGAGUGCAAAGUGUCAGAGUCAAAGCUCGCCGCAGAAAACAGAGCAAGGCGCAGACAAUGUAGCGUUUCGCUUUGAUGACAACAGAACGUUGACAGAUGCUGUGUCUGCAGAAAAAGAGGAACAACACGACCCAAUGAGAGCUGAUCCGCAGAGGUCAAAUGUGGAGUUUUAUGGUGAUGCUAGUCUGUCAAGCAUUCAGCCGCUGCCGAACAGUGAGCUGGAGUAUUAUGAAAUCGGCAGCAUUUCAAGUGCACUUCAUUCUGACACUGCCUCACUGAAGCUUAGCUGGCACAAGCAUCUGUACAGCACAAAGUGCGUGAAAGCGGAUCCUAAACGGUGGGGAGAUUUGAGGAUGCUUUUAGCGGGAUUUAAGAAAGAACGCUCCAGUGAGGAGAGGGCAAAAGGUCCUACAAAGCCUCAAGAUGAACAGUUGUUGACUAACAGUGACACAGAACCCUCCCAGAAUGCACCACCUUAUAACAAGAAGAGGUUCCUACAAGCAGAGUUUGUGGAACCUGUACAGUGCCUCACAUUUGAAGAAAUUGGUAAACUAAAAACUCCUCAAGAGAAGGCAACGUCUUCACAUCGAGCACCUCUGAGGUCUAAACUGGCUACAACGAUAAUCAGUGCUUCAUCUGACAGUGAAACAGACAGCUCAUUCACCUGCUCUGGGUCUGAGUGCAGACAUUCUUUCAUCAGGAAAUAUAUUCACGACCAGUCGUCCCUGUCAGCUUGCAGCUUCAGACAACAAGGCACGUUGCCUGUAAGCUCAUUCUUAAAACACACCAGUUACUCUGCUGCAGGUCAGCAAAAUAUUGAAAGUGCUCCUUCCAGUAUGUUUGAUCGAUGGGAAAAUAUUUUAAAUAUGCACUUGCCUUUUAGCAGCUAUGCUCCCGUAUUUGAGGACAUAGCAUGUCUCCCCACCGACCCCAGUCAGAGCCAUGAUAUGCAAAGUGACAUAGAGGAAAUUAUCUGACAUUAUCUGAUGGUGGAUGUGUAGGGGAUCGCUAACGGGUCAGGUAGAAAACUAAACGAAAUACUUGUGCAGAAUGUUGCUUUAUUAAAAUCGUUUUUGUUCAAUAAAAUUAAUGAACAAUGUGAAUGAAUUAAAACUAUUUGAAAUAUUAUUGUAACUGGGGUAACAUGUUUGUGUAUCUGGGACUGUAUAUGUUUGUAUAAUACUUAACCAAAUUCAUCCUGCAAAGCUCGCCUGAAAUGCAUUGAAACAGAACACGUCCUUCAUUUAUCCAUUUUGAUUUCUUCUCUUUUGCUCACUUUUAUUUUCACCUUACCCUUUACUUUAUUUUCAAUUUAGUUAUUAGGGCAAAUGACAAAUGACAAAUUUGAAUGGAUCAGACAAACAAUUUUAAUUAUGAUCUAUUCUCUAUAAAUGGAAAUGUGCUUAUUCCUGGACCUCUACUAUAGUGUGUUAUUGUUGCUAAUGCUAAGAUUUUUUUCUUGCAGGGUUGCUUGUCAACACCGCCCUCUGUAAUCAGUGUUCAACUGUAUAUCCAUAUUUCUCAUAUUAAACCUAUGAAA